AUGAGGAAGAAGGUGGACGAGCGAAUCAGAACUUUAAUUGAAAAUGGUGUCAGAACCAGACACAGGUCCAUGUUCGUCAUCAUCGGCGACAAGUCUCGUGACCAGAUUGUUAAUCUUCAUUACAUGCUUAGCAAGGCGCAGAUUAAGUCCAGGCCGACUGUGUUGUGGUGUUAUAAGGACAAGCUUGAACUGAGCAGUCACAAGAAAAAGCGUAGCAAGCAGAUAAAAAAAUUGAUGCAGAGGGGUCUUUACGAUCCAGAUAAAGGUGAUUCGUUUGAACUGUUUGUGGCAAGUGGGGGAUUAACAUAUUGUUUAUAUAAGGAAUCAGAAAGAAUUCUUGGUAAUACCUUUGGCAUGUGUGUACUUCAGGAUUUUGAGGCAUUGACGCCUAAUCUCCUAGCAAGAACUAUAGAGACCGUGGAGGGAGGAGGAUUGAUUAUUUUGCUGCUUCGUUCUCUAUCCUCGCUGACAAGUCUGUACACCAUGGUGAUGGAUGUCCAUGAUAGAUUUCGAACUGAAUCCCACUCUGAGGCUACUGGGCGCUUUAAUGAACGGUUCUUAUUGUCAUUAGCUUCCUGCAAGGCAUGUGUAGUCAUGGAUGAUGAACUGAAUGUAUUACCAAUUUCAUCACACAUAAGGUGUAUUACCCCAGUUCCCACUAAAGAGGACUCUAAUGAACUCUCAGAGGCAGAACAGGAGCUGAAGAACCUUAAAGAACAACUAAAUGAAGAUUUCCCUGUUGGUCCAUUGAUUAGGAAGUGUUGCACGAUGGACCAGGGAAAGGCUGUUGUGACAUUUCUGGAUGCAAUUUUGGACAAGACACUUCGUAGUACUGUUGCUUUAUUGGCUGCUCGUGGCCGUGGGAAAUCAGCUGCACUUGGUUUAUCAAUUGCUGGAGCUAUAGCUGUGGGGUAUUCAAAUAUCUUUGUGACUGCACCCAGCCCUGAGAAUUUGAAAACCUUGUUUGAUUUUAUAUGCAAAGGUUUUGAUGCUCUUGACUACAAGGAACAUAUAGAUUUUGAUGUGGUGAAAAGUGUGAAUCCUGAGUUCAAGAAAGCUACUGUAAAAAUCAAUAUUUACAAGCACCACAGACAGACAAUUCAGUAUAUACUGCCAAAUGAGCAUGAAAAGCUUUCACAAGUUGAACUGUUGGUUGUUGAUGAGGCAGCUGCUAUUCCACUUCCAGUGGUGAAGUCUUUACUGGGCCCUUAUCUGGUCUUUCUGUCUUCUACUGUUAAUGGUUAUGAAGGCACUGGACGGUCUUUGUCACUAAAACUUUUGCAGCAGUUGGAAGUGCGAAGCCAUGCAUCUGCUAAGGGCACAAAAGACACUGGCCGUCUGUUUAAGAAAAUAGAAUUGAGUGAAUCCAUCAGAUAUGCUUGUGGGGAUCCCAUUGAAAACUGGCUUAACACUCUACUUUGCUUAGAUGUUUCAAAUGCCAUUCCGAGUCUUAGCAGGUUACCUCCACCCAGUGAGUGUGAUUUAUACUAUGUUAAUCGUGAUACCCUCUUCUCCUAUCACAGAGAUAGUGAAUUAUUUUUGCAGCGAAUGAUGGCCUUAUAUGUUGCAUCUCAUUACAAGAAUUCUCCAAAUGAUUUGCAACUGUUGGCAGAUGCUCCAGCACACCAUUUAUUUGUACUACUUGGGCCUGUUGAUGAAUCAAAGAAUCAACUACCUGAUAUUCUGUGUGUCAUUCAGGUUUGCCUUGAGGGACAGAUUUCUCGUAAGUCAGCUAUCCAAAGUUUGAGUGAUGGUCAUCAACCUUUUGGAGAUCAAAUACCAUGGAAAUUCAGUGAGCAAUUCCGAGAUACAGUUUUCCCCUCACUUUCUGGUGCUCGUAUUGUACGCAUAGCGACACACCCUAGUGCCAUGAGGCUUGGAUAUGGUUCACAAGCAGUUGAACUUUUAGUUCGUCUAAACCUUGGGACGUUAGGCUCUAGGUCAAGAAACAGCCUUUAUGUUUAUGGGGAAAGUCUAAGUACUUCUUACCCUCCUAGACCCCACAAUGGUGAUGGGAGCGUUAUGCGCAGGGCUGCCAAAAAAAUAUACUAUGAAGGACAGCUCACUUCUAUUUCUGAGAUUGAUGUUGAAGAUGAAGGGAAGACACCUCGAGUUAGAGUUACAGAAGCUGCAGAAAAAGAUCAGGAGAGCAACUGGGCUGGAGGACAGAGUGCAUGCAUUUUUUCUGUUGAAAGGUCUCAAACCCAUAUUCAUUUCGAAGAUACAAUUUGUUGCUUCUCAGUAAACGAAAAUUUGGAAUGUAAUCCAACCAUAUACACCGGCAAUCCAAACACAUUUGAGAAUCACUUGAGACCCAGAGUCUCAGUUGGGAGGUUUACCUAUCUUCUGAGCUAUGGAAAGAAUAGAGAUCCACAAAGAUUUGCUAAACUUCUUGGUUCGACCUUUCGUAACAUGGAAUACAAGCUUGCUUUGAGCAUAAUAGAUCCAAAAAUCAAUUUCAAGGACCAAGACCCUACGGAAACCACAUCUGAUAAAUAUUUGCAGUCAAUCAGAGAAUAUUUAUCACCACAUGAUAUGAAGCGUUUAGAGGCUUAUGUUGACAAUCUUGCGGACUUUCACCUGAUCUUAGAUUUGGUUCCAACGCUUACACAUCUGUACUUCCGACAAAAGCUCCCAGUUACGAUGUCGUAUGCUCAAGCUUCUGUGUUACUCUGUAUCGGUCUACAGAAUCAGAACAUUUCAUACAUUGAGGUAAUGAAGAAGUUCUACAAAUAUCUAGAUGGCCGUGCAUCCAAGGAGAUUGAAUCAACCUUGCCAAGACUGAAAGAAAUUGUCAUGGAACCUCAUAGUGUCUCUGUGGACGAAGAUCUCAACAAUGCAGCUAAACAAGUUGAGGAUGACAUGAAAUCAAAAGCAGAAUCACUCUUUACUCCGGAAUUGUUCCAGCAGUAUGCCAUUGAAGAUGGAGAAUCUGGCUUUGAGACUGUUUUGCAAAAUAAUGGUGGAAAAGUACCCACUGGUGGUCUUAUUAGCGUGAAAUCCAGUAGAAGUGCAGUGAAGCCUGAAAAGGAGGACAGUCACAAGAGUGACAAAAGGCGGAGUAAAGAUAACCACAACCAUAAAUCAAGCAAAAGGAGAAAAUCUUGA